AACCGCUCCUGUUGCUGCCAUCCAUUAAACUCCAUUAAAACAGAUGUCACCACAUCCCCAGCUGCCUGCAAUUAAGUGGUCUGUUUGCUUGUGUUGAUCAGCAGCUGCAACUCUUACUCAAACACUCCCCACACAACUCACCACAGGAGGCCCUUUGAAAUCCCCAACAUGGGAAGUUUUGUAUGUAAUCAUUUAGAUUCAUUUUGAAUAUCAAUGGCACCGGAAUGCCGAGGAUCCAGUUUUAAUGGGACAAUAAAGACGAACCACAAAGGUUUCCUUUUUCUUUUUUUUUUACUUCUUUUUUUUCCUCUUCUUUUUUUUAAUGGCAGAAGGGAUGUGGGUUCGCUUUACUGCUGCCAGCUCGUAAACACAUUCACACCUCUCUUUCAUUUAAAUGCGGGAUAAGUUAUAGCACAUUAUUGAAAAAAAUCGAGGUCGACAACAACCUGCAUUUGAAUGCUGUCUGGGAGAGCCGAGGCCAAUCCACAAACCUGCAGCACUUUAAAAGGCACGACUAAUCAGUGAGGAAGAAGAAGCAGUUUCUGUCACUGUUCACUAAUGCAAUAAUAACAAUACUAAUGACAAUACUUGCUGAUAUUUAUUAUCAUUAUAUAGGCCUUAAGGUGAUAAAAACUGAAACUAAAAAUAUGAUUUGACGCAAAACUUAAGAUAAAUGAAAACUUGGUCCAAUAAAACUCAUAUAAAUAAACAAAAAAAAUACUUUAUAUCAUCCCAUGCUUCAAAUUAGACGUUAAAAUCAGUUUGCUUUGUCUUUAUCCAAACACAAAUUCGAUCAUUUCCCAAAUUUACUGUAGGAAAAAUAUAAAUAUUAAUUUUAAUAAGCGGAAAAAAACAAACCAAAAAGCAGUUCAUCUCCUUGUCCUUGUUCUCCUCUGCGCAGCGCUUUGCCCACCGAGAGGAAAAAACCCUCUCCAAGCUGAUGGUCUCUCCAAGAUUACCCUAUCAGGUGCAAACCGCUGACAUGUUUCCACCCACCAACAACAAAAAAGCCUCUCUGUGCCCAAAUCUCAAGCCGCAGACGCACAAACACCACUGACAGGCACUGCUGCGCCAUCAUCAGCCCCCAAAACCUCUCCAGGGAUCCGCUGCUGCUGCCGCCGCUGCCGAUUUCCACACUGCGGUUUUUUUGAAAACAUAACUUCUUUUUGUAAGCCUGGAUAAGUUUGUUUGGCCACUCUUAGCGACUUGUUUUUGGUGGAAGGGCGUUUUGUUAUUCACCGCUUUUCCCUUUUCUCCACCGCAGCACUUGGUAGAAUAAAAUGACCCAUGCAAGGUGUAGAAAUCCCCCGCAGGUACGGACGGAGCUGAGGAGGUUGUGAUCGCUGGAGCAGCAGGAUUGGGAUUGUGGGGAAACUUGGCUAUAGGUGCGCGAAGGAUAUUUUUUGAGCGAGGGGAUUUUUGUUUUUGGAGAGGUUGAAUUUUCUGAAUCCUCUCCACGCUUGGCACCGAUUUACGGAGACGUUGCGGGAUUUCGGGGAGCGGAGGAGACUGAAAAAUAAUCUUCUGGAUAAUUCCCCCCCAACAAGGAAACACCUAAUGUUGCACUCCGUGACUCUGUUGCAGCUCUCCAGUGAUCUAUCCUUACACUGGGAUUCAAUCUCCUACUUACCGCCGGAGUUGUGUGCGUAAAGGACGCGCAGGGGAGCGAAAGCAAGAGAGAGGGGGGCGAUUUCGCCAACCUUUCCCGGGGCUCUAAAUCUGUGCAAGCAGGUGUACUUCAGGUGUAUUUCUGCGAGUCAAGAUGUCUGUGCUGCCUUCGAGGUUCAUAUACCUGUGUUUACAUUUUCUGGUACUCUAUUUCCAGCUACAGGAAUCCCAGCAGACCUCUGCUGAUUUCAGGUUUUACAUCGAGAACCACACGAGGAACCCGGACGACCUGAGCCGGAAGCAGGUCCGGAUCUAUCAGCUCUACAGCAGAACCACAGGGAAACACGUCCAGAUCUUGGGGAAGAAAGUCAACGCCAACGGAGAUGAUGGGGCUCUCCUUGUUGUCGAGACAGAAACCUUCGGGAGCCACAUUCGAAUAAAAGGAAAAGAGAGCGAACACUACAUUUGCAUGAACGAGAAGGGCAAAAUAGUCGGAAGGCCCGAUGGAAGGAAGCAGGAGUGCGUCUUUGUCGAGGAAUUCCUGGAGAACAACUACACAGCUCUUGUGUCAGCCAAGUACAAAGGAUGGUACCUGGGCUUCAACAGGAAGGGGCGGCCUAAGAAAGGCUCGCGGACCACGCAGAGGCAACAGGAAGUCCACUUCAUGAAGCGCCAGCCGAAGGGCAGGCCGGACCCGCUGGAGGAGUUUCGUUUCACCACAGUGACUAAGCGGACACGAAGGGCUCGGCGAUUAAAACCCAACCCCAAGAGGAACUGAUGGGACCAAUGGGACAGCACUAAUUUUCCUCGGGGGAAAAAAAAAAAAAAAAGAAAUACUGUAACUGAAAAUCUCAAGCUUCUUGUCUUAAAAGAAUCACCUUAAAGACUUCACUUCUGUAAAAGAGACAGACAAAAAGAACAAAAAAAAAAGUCAAAGAUGUUUUAUUUUUGUAUUUCAGGAUGACUGAAUAUUUCCUAACUCUUGGAUUCUUCUGGGUUGAUGUCAUUGUGCUAACGUGUCUGUCAUGUUAUUUAUACUGGAUAAACUAAAGGACCUCUGAGAGAAUUCCUGUCGCCGUCGUCCUCAGCUACGUUUGAACUGCAAGCUGAAGGCCCACUUUCUUUUUGACAAUGGGGGCUGAAGCAGGAGCUGACGCAAUGUUAUAAAAAUCAGCCAACUAGAGAUUUAUUGGAAUACCUGUCGGUUUUUGUUUGUGUUGCCCCUGACAACGCGGAUCCCAUACUUUCCACUGGAAUCAGACACCAUGGAGAUGAAACGGAGAGAGGUGGCAGUCACAGGUGACACUGCCGGGAUAACUGUGUAGCUUUGAGUGCAAUAUUUUACAGGUCUCUCUCUUUCUCUUCCUCUUUUUUUUUUUUUUUUUU